AUGCAGUGUAGCAAUUUAGCAGAGAGAGAGGAAGGAGUUGAUGCAAUGAUUGAAACCAACUUACAUGGACAUGCUGGACAGGAGGAGAGGAAGUUCCUCCUGACUGGAGCGAGGAAUGACAAUGCAGCGCUACUGACAAGCAAGGGUUAUGGGUCCAUCUCACAGACGAGCCCUCGCAUCUGCUUCGUCUUCAACGAUUCGUAUCUCGGGGGACAGCGAUCAGCUUGGUUGUCCAAGGUCAGAGCCGCGGGGUUCUGUGUCGAGCAGACGUCGGCGAACCUUGUGGCGAUCGCUGCUCCCGAUGAGAUGCUGCAAUCUCUUGCCAUACAAAGAGGAUCCCACGGCCAACACACGAUGCCAGCCACCCCUGAACGAUCGCUACACGUCCUCCUCUCCGAGUUUGAUCCGUCCCUUGCCGCUUUUCUGGAAGUUCCUGGCCCUUUCUCCAACAGGAGCAGGAAACCAAGGCUAUCGGAGGAGUUGGAAGCUUCUGGCCUGAUCGGAUGGUUUUGGUUGCAUAACGUGGAGUCUGCUGCUACCAUCGCUCCCAAGUACGUCUGGUCGGGAUGCUUCGGCCUCUCUCGGGAGCCGUUGGGAAAAGUGCGCGAUUACUUUGGGACUGAAAUCUCGUGGAACUUGCUCUACAUGAACUUCGUAGCGCGAUGGAUGGUGAUACCUGCAAUGGGAAGCGCAGCCUACAGCUAUGUGACAGUCUUAGCCUUCAUGUCGACUGGAAGCGUCGACAACCCUUUCCUCCCCUUGUUCAGCGUCGGGCUGGUCUUGUGGGGAAUGGUCAUGCUCUUCUUCUGGGGGCGGCUGGAGAGAAGAUACCAGGAGAAGUGGAGGGAGGAUGUAAAUAUUUCAGGGCGAGAUGACGUCAACACAGACGCCGUCCUCGAGACAAAAGUAGACGAUGAGACGGGGGAAGUGAAGUUAUAUUACCCUGAGUGGCGGCACAAGGCGAAGCAGUUUGCAGCCUCGACACUGAUGGCUCCCUGCCUUGUGCUCGUGCUGGGAGCAGGGCUCCUGUCCCUCGACUUCCGGGCACGGAUCAUCAAUCUCGACCCGAAGCUCAUCGAUGGGAUCUCGGUCGGAGGGAUGCUGGGGGGGGUUGCGACGGCUGCGAUCAUCUUCAUUGCUACGAGAGUGGUGUGCUACCACUGGUGUGCCGUCCUCACGAACUGGGAGAACUACACGAAGAGGAGCGGAUACAUCUACAGUCUCGGGGCGAAGUGUUUCCUCAUCGAUCUGGUGACAAACUUGCCUGUUCUGAGGUUCAGCGCUGACUGGGACUGGUGGGUGUGUACAUCCGUCUUCUCCUACUUCGAGGCUUAUCUCCUCCAGCGCCGGGCAGAUGCCGAAGUGCGUCCCCAUCCUCACCCUUCCCCCGGCGGCAACUUUUGGAUGCGAUCUAUCUUCUUCAUCAUGCUCCUGGGUCUCGCGGUUCAGAUCCCCCUCAUCCUCUUCUGCAGCAAGGCUCUCACCUUCUGGCUGCCGAGCAUCACGCUCGAGGAUCGCUGGGGCAUCUUCAUCCUCCUAGAGAUCCUCGUGUUGGUCCUGUCCUCUUACGUCCUGUCCAAGGAGUUCCGAGGGGAGGAUGCGGAGGGGAAGUGA